AUGCUGAGCAUCAAAGCCGGACGAGCUUUCAGAAGGGGAACGACAUCCUGGGUCGACCCUCAAGCUACAAAAGGACUUCUUGGCCUUGCCCCAGGCGACGACGGUCUCCUGCACUUUACCUGGAAGAACCGGGACACUGAGAACAUUGAAGACGACCUCAUUAUUAUCCCGGGCGACGCGUCAUUCCAUCGCGUUGCUGAAUCGACCUCGGGCCGCAUCUUUGUCCUCAAAUUUGAAUCUUCUGAUCAGAAGCACUUUUUUUGGAUUCAGGACCCAUCUGCCUCUAUCCUGGACCAAAUCGAGCCAAAUGUGAAUGGGCUCUUGCAAGACCCCGAAUUCCAACCGAGCUGGACCACCCCCACGGCGUGA